GUGAGAGCACAACUCCGCACACUCGCACCGCUACACGCAAACGCCAAACCGACCUUCCGACACCAUUUUUAGAGUUCAAAUUCCCCGUAAAGUUCUAUUAAUAGACAUCACAAUGUAAACAGUUCUGAAGGAUAGCGAAAUUGACUUGCAAAGUGCCGUAAAAAUGUGUAGUUAGUGUAAAAUAAAAUUGAAAUUUCUCUUUAUUAAAUUGUGAAGACCUUGGUGAAAACUGUUUGUAAACAAACAAAAUUCUUAGCUGCGAAACGUGACAAAGGAAUACUGGCGGUUUUCGUGAAAUAUAAAAAAUAAAAAGGAAAAACAAUACACGAUCGCUGUGAAAAUUCAAAAUGGCGGAUACAACUCCAGAAAUCACCCCUGCACCAAUGGAUACGCCGGAAGACACACCAUCGCCGUCUCCAGGCCCAGAGAGUAUGACCAAGUUCAAUUGGCUGAAACAUUCCAAGCGCAACAAUCCGUUCGUAAAACCCAGGCCUUCCUUGACCAGGGAAAGCUCUUCAGCAGAGCUGGUCUCGAGGCAGAACUCCAGUAGCGAUUUCUUCCAGAAUUCUAGGAUGAAUCUUUUCGAAACAAAUCCUAAGCCUGAAGUGCAGAAUCAGGGAUUCCUAAAGGGCGUAUCGUUCAUCGGAUGGCAUCAGCGCACGAAACUGGAACGAGUCCUGCUGGUCACGACAGCCAUCUUCUUCGUGGGCAUCUUGCUGACUGCAACGCUGUUCGUCGCUACUAGAGGGACUGGGUAUCUACCGGUACCACCUUGCUACCAACCGGAGCCCAAAGAAUCAAGCGUGUGUCUGUCAAGUUCCUGCAUAUACACCGCGAGCGAGGUGAUAAGAGCUCUGGAUACCAGCCAGGACCCAUGCGAAGACUUCUACGAGUUUGCCUGCGGAGGCUGGAUCAGGAACAACCCCAUUCCCGAGGGGAAGUCUACCUGGGGUAUCUUCAGCAAGAUAGAGCUCCAGAAUCAGCUCAUAAUUCGGUAUGCUCUCGAAAAAGUCAAUGUCACGGAUGGUGGCGCAGAAGCAAAGGCCCGCAUCUAUUACGAUGCAUGUAUAGACACGAAUGAGACUAUAGAGAAGUUAGGCGAGAAACCUCUGCUAUCUGUGAUCAAGAAUCUGGGUGGGUGGCAUCUCCUGCCGAGUACCGCAGUGCAGAAUCAUAGAUGGAAUCUGCAGACGUUGCUACAGGACGUUCAGAAUACGUACAAUUUGGGUGGACUUUUCAACUGGGCCGUGACAGAAGAUGACAGAAAUUCGUCUGUUCACGUUAUUGUGUUAGAUCAAGGUGGGUUAAACUUGCCGACCCGUGACAACUACCUCAAUAAAACAGCACAUAAGAAAGUUCUUGACGCAUAUUUAGACUACAUGACGCGCAUAUGCAUGCUACUUGGUGCUAACAAAACUGAAGCCAGGAUACAAAUGAGUAGAGUGAUCCAGUUCGAGACAGAGCUGGCGAAUAUAACGACUCCUUCCGAAGAUAGGAGGGAUGAAGAGGGCUUGUAUAAUCCUUAUACGAUAAGACAAUGGCAAAAAGAAGCACCCUUCUUGAAUUGGACUCUGUUCUUCAAUGAUGCGUUUAAGUUGGUGAACAGGAGUAUAUCAGACACUGAAAGAAUUGUGGUUUACGCUCCAGAUUACUUCAGAAAUCUCACGAAAGUAAUAGCAAAAUAUAGCAAGACUGAAGAUGAUAAAAGGACUCUCACGAGUUACAUGAUGUGGCAAGUGUCCCGGUCGCUGUCGACUUACCUGUCGAAAUCGUUCCGGGACGCCACCAAGAUCCUGAGGAAGGCCCUGUUCGGAUCCGAGGGGACGGAGGAGUCCUGGCGGUAUUGCGUCACCGACACUAACAACGCUAUAGGUUUCGCCGUUGGCGCUAUGUUCGUACGCGAAGUAUUCCACGGCGAAGCGAAGACACAGGGCGAGAUCAUGAUCGACAACAUCCGAGCCGCGUUCAAACGGAACCUGGACCAUCUGGACUGGAUGGACACGGAAACCAGGACCGCUGCUGAAGUGAAGGCUGAUGCCAUAACUGAUAUGAUUGGUUUCCCCGACUACAUCUUACAGAAGGAGGAGUUGGACAAACAGUACGAGGGUCUGGAGGUGAAGCCGAACGAAUACUUCGAGAACAACAUCGCGUUCAACGUCUACAGCCUCACUAACGACCUGAAGAAACUCGACCAGCCCGUUAACAAGACUAAGUGGGGUAUGACCCCCUCAACUGUCAACGCUUACUAUACCCCCACCAAGAACCAGAUAGUCUUCCCUGCUGGCAUUCUUCAGUUACCCUUCUACGACGGCGACAACCCCAAGAGCGUCAACUACGGCGCCAUGGGGGUGGUCAUGGGGCAUGAAUUGACCCACGCCUUCGACGACCAAGGGCGGGAAUAUGACAGAUUCGGAAACCUGAACCAGUGGUGGAACAACGCUACCAUAGCCCGCUUCAAGAAGAGAGCCGAGUGUAUACAGAAACAGUACUCCGACUACGCGAUGGAAGGCCAGCACCUUAACGGGAAGCAGACAUUGGGUGAAAAUAUAGCAGACAACGGUGGUUUGAAGGCAUCUUUUCACGCCUACGUAGACUACAGCAAGAUGGCGCGCGUUAAUUUCACCCUACCCGGCCUCAAUUACAACCACAGGCAGCUGUUCUUCAUAUCCUUCGCUCAGGUUUGGUGCUCAGCGAUGACCAAAGAAUCGACUAAAAUGCAGAUAGAAAAAGACGACCACACAAUCGCCAAGUACAGAGUGGUGGGGCCCAUAUCCAACCUAAAAGAGUUUUCCGAGGAAUUCGGCUGUAAAAUCGGCUCCAAGAUGAAUCCUAAGCACAAGUGUGAAGUUUGGUAAAGAACGAAACGAACCGGGAAUAUUAGCGGAAUACAGGAACAAAGAAAAAUGCGAGGUGACGUUUUGACAUUUUACUUCUUUUUUCUUUUCGAAAAUCUUGAUCAAUUAUUGGUUUUUAAAUGUUGGUCAUAUUUUUGUGUGAAACAUGUAAGUUUUAAUAAUUUUUAUUUAUACAGACGAGUUAAAUGUUGUUCUUUACAAAAUCAUUCUAUUUAUUAGUGAGAUCAAUGAAAUUUACGACAGCUGCUUAACUUUAAGUACGGUUACAUGAAAACAAUGAAGGAUUUUUGGACAUACAGUUGGCCUAUGGGUUAAAUGAAUUUCUAAUAACUAUUACCCUAUUACCUACCUACAAAUAAAUAUUAAGGAAAAAUGAGUUUUUGUACUUACGAAUUUGUGUUAAAACUUAUUUCUUAUUUAAACUUAGCGCCAUCUGGCGACACUGUUUUACUAGGAAAUAAUUAUCCUGCCAUAAGGGAGUUUCAGGAAGAUCAUUUACUACUAACGUGCCAAAAGAAGUAUAUCUUAAUUAAGUCGUAGACUGUGUUUAAAGCCAAGUCUCCAGCAAAACCUUUUGUUAACAUUCAACAAAAACACUUUUUCUGAAACAUAUUUCUCUACACACGCCGUCUACAGUUCUCGUGUUUGUCGUAUACAAAAUACACAUAGAUGCAUUCCAAACCUACGAUCCCUGUGCAACGUAUGUCGAAUUUGAUAAUUUUUCAUUUUCCCGCGUUUCAUUCAAUUUUAUGUCAUAAUUGAAACGUCAGAGUGAUAAGUGGCACUCUGAGCGUAGGUUUAGAACGCAGCUGCCGGCGCCGCUAACGAGUUGGCAAAACAAAAAACGAGCGAGCCUUACAGUACUCGCGUAUGAAGUGUAACAUUUGAAACCUCACCUUAUAUUUGUAAAAAAAGAAAUAAAACCUACUACAGAAGGAAUAAGCCAUUUGAACAUUGUUCUUAAAUCAAACUAAACAGCGCGCGCUUUCGCGACUUCUUGUUACAAACUUCCGUCCCAUUUCACGAAAUCACUCCCACAAAUUGCAGGAAAGCGAGGGGAAAGAUGUUAAACAUCAAAAAACCAACACUCACACCAAUUAGCCUAGCCCCAAAGUAAGCACUGUGGGCUUGUGUAGCAUCCGCACCACGCACAAAAUAAAAAAAGUCGAUCUAUUGAUCAAGAUCAACGCGCGGGAGUGUUUUGUGUACUUAUUUUCCAUCGGGCUCAGAAAGCAAAAACAUUGUUGAUGCAAACAUACACGUGUAGGGAUUUUGUUGAAUGUUGAUUGUUUAGGGCAAAACAUGUGCUUGAGACGGAUGGCGGUCGCGCGGAUUUUAUUUUGUAUUAAGCGUUACGCCGAUGCCAGUGCGUUGUCAUACCUAGGUAUAUGAUAUGCCUAUACAAAUAAACAUCCCGCCGCCGCGCCGUGUUGUUCACCUUAGAUUCUCUACUUAAUGUUGAGCAGCUUCAAAUAUUGAGUAUACUAAGUGAAUUUAGCUUUCAGUGUUAAGCAGUAAUCUGUUUGGUACAACAUAACAAUCAUUUUGUAGUUAUUAUUUUAAAAAAAGUAGAUACCUAGCGUCUUCUUACUUGAACUUUUUAGUAAACAAAUGAACAUAACGCUUCUUUAUUUUUAAAAUAUGACAUUUUUCAUAUGAAAUCCUUUAUUUUCAUUCAUCAUGACUUUUUGGUUAGUUUCAAGAGGCCUGAAAAUUUGUAAUGUCGAAAGACUCAAGAAUCUCAAGAAAAGGAAAAUAAUAACCUUUAAAACGCAGUUAAAUAUGUGCUUUGUAUUAUUAUGGUGCUUACAACAUUUGUUAAAAAAUAUUUGUAAAAAUUGUUUACUAAAUAGAUCAAGUAUGAGAAAAAAAAACGUACAAUCGCGUUCAAAAGUACUUGCGAUCAAUUCUGUCUUUGUCACAAUUAAAAUAUUUUAAUAUAAGUACAAACAUAUUCGUAUACUAUUGAACGCAAUUUUACCUCCGCCUUUAUCAUUACAGAGCUUGUGUAUUAUAUUUAUCAGUGUCAGUUGAACAAAAAUAAAUAUGUAUAGGUAUUUCAGUGUUAUAAUUAUAACCAUUCUCUUGAUGGCAUUUUAUUUUAACUUAUCUAGAUUAAAACUGUAUAUAAAUUAUAUAUUAAUAUAAUAUAGAGCUUAGCUAUAUUUAUCGAAAACGGGUACAUUAUUCACAAGGAAAGCAUCCAUUGGAGGAGAUGGUGAUGGAAAACCGCGCUAUGUUUCUAUUGGUUCACUAUUGUUUCGCAUAAACUUAUUAUGACAUACAAUUUAUUAUAUCGUUAUAAAAGGAAAAAGUAUUUAUUGCACAUUUCUAACCGUUAUACAUAAAAGUUAAGAAAUAACGGAUUAUAAUACUGAGUUAACUUAUUAUGUUUAGUACUUAUCCCAAAAUAUGUUAAAGUUAUGCGAAAGUUUAAUAGAAAUUGUAACGCGAAACAAGUUUUAUUCGAUUCAAUUGCCACGCAGAGGUUGACAUGGAUAGAAUGUAAAGUAAAAAAGUUUAGGGUUCAUAAUUAUAAUAAUAUGCGUUACAUAAUAGUCAAGCUCAGCGGAUUAUGCAAAAUAAAUGAAUGUCAAACAAUUUACAACUGUGAAAACUUGACAGGAAGACGUGACUUUCAUAAGUAUCGCGUAAAAAUAUUCAAAAUUUUAGCUAUAACAUAAUGAAUUAUAACGCAUUAUCAUCUUCACUUCGCUGGAUGAUGGCCUUUACACACAAUGCUUUAAAGAGCUUUGAAGUACAAUUUUAAUAAGAGACACAAUUACGUAUACGUACGUAUUCAUUUCCUUGUAUGAUAAGCUUCCUCCCUUAGAAACAAAUAUAAUAUAAAUGGGUAUUUAGUGCUUCUAGGCAGAGGUACAAGUAUGUUAUACGAAAUAUAUAAUUAGAGUGUACCUAAGUUAUUUUUCCCAUAUAACCAUGUUGCCAUGUAACUUUUUACAUAAAGUUAUUUUCUUCGUGAGUGUAUCAAUAGUAUUAUAUAAUAUAUUCAUAUGGGUGUGUGCAAAGUAUAGACGUACUUAAUAUAAGAGAAUUUAUAUUUUUUAAUUAGUGCCAUUUUGAUAUAAAUGAGCUGUGUGACGAUGUCGUUGUAAUGUACCGAUAUCAAGAAAAUUAGGUUUAUGUUUAUGGUAGAAUUUUUUUUUGUGUCGUGACCAGUAGAGCUAAUUUUUCCAUUUUGGUUUUCAAUGGUUCCUGGAAAUAAACCACAAAUACAAGUUAUGGGUACUAUUGCGGCCACUUUACAUGGCUAUUCGUAUUUGGUAUUUGUUAUUUUGACAGCAGCUUGUCCUUAUCAUACCUACUCUAAAGGGAGUACAAAUGAGAGAUUGUUGUCAAGUUUACAAAUAGCAAACACGAAGCCAUGUGAACAGCCAGGAUAAUACGAAUGAACUGCAUAUUAGGCCAAGAGCCGAGCUAUUCGCUUAGUGACGUAUCGUAGCGAAGCGAACAUACAUAUUGUUUAAUAUUGCAGUUGGCCACCAAGUUUGGCAUCUAUAGUGUGGACUUAGGCUUAGAGAUUACAUGAAUCGAAACAAAAAAUAACAUGAUAUGAAAUAGUAUAUAUAUAGCUACGACAACAUCUUUAUUAGGGAACAUGCAUGAUUUUUUAUACAUUUUUAUUUAGUUGUUUUUGUAUGCAUAUCCCUAAUAUUCCCUAUUCUGAUGUGACAACUGAAAUCUGAUAAAAUAACAAACUGUACUCGAAAACUAAACUCAACUUAAAGUUUCAAUGGAAACUAAGGAGCGCCCCCUACCGGACUUAAGAACAAAGUAGCUUUCUCUAUAGAAACUUUGAUAUGACGAUACUACUUAAUACUUUCUCGUUAGUUGUGAGGUGAAGCUAAAAAGUGAUGUGCUGUACUUUCUUAAAUAAGAAAAAAGGGAAAGGUCAAUGAGCCAACAUGCUACUUCCCGCUAUUUGGUUAAUCAUAUAUUUUUUUUUUGCCGUUGGGUUUCCUUCAUUAUACCUUCGAAUAUGAUUCUUUAAACUUAAAACUAAAUUUAACAUCAGUCUCUCCUUUUCAUUCUGUGCAGAGAAUGACAAGGAUACACUGUUGUCAAAUUUAAGUUUAGGGUUAGAGAAUCUUGCCAUAAUCGACAUUUAUUAAGUAUAUAAAUUAAUAUGUUAUAGUAAUGCCAUUUCUUUCUCAUUAAAAAUAGGUACGUUUUUUAUCAACACUGUUAUUCAUUUCACAUUUCAGUUGAAUUAUGGGAAGUU